CUCAUCUCUCACUCCUGCAGCCUACAACACACCUCGACCUCCUACCAUGACUUUUAUUAAAACGCUUUCGCCAUUAAAAUUAUCAGGGAAGACAAUAGUCAUUCCUGUUGUGUCCACCGCAAAUGUCGCACAGCUAGCUGCCGAUCUCCUUAUUGCCUCGUUGGGACUUGAGCGCGUCGCCGUUUUCGAUUCAAGGUACGGAAUACCUCUUGUAGGCUCAUCUGAAGACGGCGUAGGAAUAACUACGGCUUUCGAAUUGUACGGUUGCGAAACCUCCGAAAUAUUGGUUUUUCAACAAAGAUGUCCACCUUUGAGGAAUCGAAAACAAGAAUUCAUUGAUGAAGUUCUUGCGUUCUUGCGACAAGCAGGAGUUUCUGGGUGCUUAUUUCUCUCAGGCGUGGAUUCCUCUAAUCGGACGGAUAAUCAGAUGUUUACGCCAAUAUAUCAGUUGCAGUCACCCAUGAAUAAGAACAACAACUCUCUCCUUUCUCGCCUAGCUGAAAGUCCUAUGCCCACGUACACGUCUCCAAUGUUACGUCGACCAGGAGAUUCCAAUGAUGGUACCCAGAUACCGUUUAUACCCGGAGGUGGUCUCACACGCCGUUUCCUUUUGUCGCUCCCGAGGGAAUGGUCAAUUUACACUGCAGCGAUUCUCAUGUUCGCGAUGGACGGUGACAACCGAGCAGAUGCACAUCUACUAGCUUCUGCAGUUGUAACGGUUCUCGGACUAGAAUCGAACAUCAAGGAAUGGAAAGAACCUGAAAGUUGGAACCAAGGACUGUUUGGAACGCCUCAUGAUUCCACUCUGUACGGGUAGCUGGAGGGACACGAU